AGAGCAGAGGGCUCGGCGGGGAAGACACCCACAGCAGACGUCCAAACGUUGUGUCCAAACGGGUGGACCCCGCUCUCGCGCUCUUCUGAAAUUCGAGUUGCCAGAAAGCCAUCAUGGCCUUCGGAAAGUCCUCCCCCUUCCUGGCUUUCAGCAUCUUGGUCCUGUGCCAAGCAAGCAGUCUCCAGGCUGCACCAUUCAGGCCAGCUUUAGAGAGUCUCCCAGACCCAGCAACCCUCAGUGAGAAGGAAGGGCGCCUCCUGCUGGCUGCGUUGGUGAAGGCCUAUGUGCAGAGGAAGAUCAAUGAACUGGAGGAGGAGCAGGGGACUGAGGGUUCCAGCAUCACUGCCCAGAAGCGGUCUUGCAACACUGCCACCUGUGUGACCCAUCGGCUGGCAGGCUUGCUGAGCAGAUCUGGCGGUGUGUUGAAGAACAACUUUGUGCCCACCAAUGUGGGCUCUGAAGCCUUUGGCCGUCGCCGAAGGGAACUUCAGGCCUGAGCUGCUACAUGACUCAAGGAAGAAGGUUGCCAUGAAGCUGAACUCACCACUUCUGUUCAUUUCUGUUCACAACUUGGGGAGAAGACCCCAUGGAAGACAUACAUGUUUGCAUCCUAUAGAUAAUGAAUAAGAGUACCUUUGCCACUGGAAAGGAAUGAAACUGAAUGCAAAAUAAGCUAAUUCCAUAUUUGUUGUGCAUCCUUUAUCUAUUUGAUUUUUUUUUUUUGUGCAGUCAAUGUAAUGACAUCUCUUAUCAGCUUAUCUGGUACCAAACUGGCUCCUCCAGAGCUACCCCGUUGGUUCUGCAGCUCUGCCAGAGCUCAGGGGCCCAUGAGCCAGGGCCUCUGUGGUCUCUGCACAUGUGGUGACGGGGAUGCUAUGCCUGUAAGAACAUGGUGGUUUUAUUUAAGUCCAUGUCAAUAUUGUGCAUUUGUGAACUUCAUCAAGAUUAAAAACGUAUUUUGGAUAUA